CACUUCUCCUCCUUCUCCUCUUCCUCCUCCUCGUCUUCUUUUAGUGUUGACGUCGAGAUGCAUAUCCCCGCGCUGUUAGUGUUCCCGGCGCUGCUCGGUGCUGCGGGCGUGCUCGCCACGGAGAACCCCCAUAAACGCGCCGCCACCCUGAAGAGCAGAGCUCCCAAGAGCGCUCCCAGGCCAGCAGCUCAUCAGAAGCGCGCGUCGAGCGACAGCCCGAGCUUCUUGACCGCCAAGACAGAAGGGUUUGCUGUCAAUGGUACUGGCGUGCCAGAAGUGAAUUUCGACCUGGGAGAGUCCUACGCUGGACGUUUGCCCAUCAGCAGUCUGAAUGCGACAAACGCCACGGCUAACGAGCUGUUCUUCUGGUUCUUCCCGUCCGAGAACCCGCUCGCCAGCAACGAGAUCGUCAUCUGGCUGAACGGAGGCCCAGGAUGCAGCUCCAUGGAUGGCCUCUUCCAGGAGAAUGGACCUUUCCAGUGGCAGUCUGGAACUUAUGAGCCCCAGCCCAACCCAUUCUCCUGGACCAACCUGACCAACAUGGUCUGGAUCGAUCAGCCCGUCGGAACGGGUCUGUCUUUGGCAGCCCCUGGGGUGCCGGCCAAGAUCAAGAAUGAGACUGAUGUUGCGGUCGACUUUGCUGGUUUCUGGAAGAACUUCAUCGAGACCUUUGACAUGCAGGGCUAUGAUGUCUAUCUCACGGGCGAGUCGUAUGCGGGGAUGUAUGUGCCAUACAUUUCCAGUUACUUCUUGGACCAAAAUGACACGACUUACUACAACGUCAAGGGGAUCCAGAUCAACGACCCCAGCAUCGGAUCAAGCAGUGUGCUUGGGGAGGCGCCGGCGGUGCCCUUCGUCAACAAGUGGAACGGUCUCCUGAACCUCAACGACUCCUUUGUGGAAGCCAUCAACGAGCGCGCCGAGGCUUGUGGGUAUAAUGCCUUCAUGGACCUCGCCCUCACAUUCCCCCCCGCGGGCAAGUUUCCAACCCCCACUUCCCUUGGCACAGGCAACUUCUCGGGUUACGAAUGUGACGUGCUGGACGACAUCUACCUCGCGGCACUGUAUGUCAACCCGUGCUUCAACUUCUACCACAUCACCGACUUCUGCCCGUUCCUCUGGGAUGAGCUUGGGUUCCCCUCUCUUGGAGACGGGCCCAACAACUACUUCAACCGGACAGAUGUCCAGGAAGCACUGAAUGUGCAGCCACACGUGGACUACGCCAUCUGCGGGGACGACACAUUGGGCCUGGAGAGCUCGCAGCCGUCCAGCUUCACGGUCCUGGCCGGUGUCGUCGAGCGCACCAACAAUGUCAUCGUCGGCAGCGGCAACCUGGACUUCCUCCUCAUCACCAACGGCACCUUGGCCACCCUGAACAAUAUGACCUGGAACGGGGCCCAAGGGUUCUCCUCCUCGCCUUUCACGGACAAGUUCUUCGUGCCAUACAACCCGACUAUUGGCGCUGCCAUUGCCGAGACCUUUUACCAGUCCGAGAUCCCCGCCAUCUCUGUGGGCUUGGUCGCGGGUGGUGGCUACUUUGGAACAACUCAUACCGAGCGUGGUCUGACGUUCGUCACGGUUGAUCUUGCCGGGCACGAGAUUCCCCAGUACGUGCCAGGGGCAGCGUAUAGGCAGCUCGAGUUCCUGCUGGGCCGCAUCGACAGUCUCACUGAGCUGGGAGACUUUACCACGCAGACGGGAAAUUAUACAGGCACCACAUCACUGUGAUGUAUUAAAGAGCAUCAUCGCAGAUGGCUGUUGAUAGAUCAUGAUAAACAAUUGAGCCGAAUUCGAAUGCGUCUGCCCA